ACACACACACACACACACACACAGAUACACACUCUUACUCAAACACGCACACAAUCUCAACUAACUCACGACAUUUAACUUGGUUUCUAAACCUAAACGACCAUUCGAUAAACAAAUUGAACAAUUUGAACAACCAACCAACCGUCUAUCGAUCAAUCGAUACCCCAUAACCGAUUACCGAUUAUCGAUUGCCGAUUACUGAUUACUGAACACCGAUAACCGAUAACAGCGACAUGCUCUCCUGUGCCCCGUUCAACAAACUGAUUUAUCCAACGACCGCCGAUGUCCCCGCCAUGUCCAAUGGCAAGGGGACACCCCUCGCUCCGGUCGGCCUCAGCACCCUCUCGCUGCCGACGGGGCCGGGGGGCGGCAGCGGGGCACCGAGCGAGAUCUCGUCAGUGGACAGCGAUUGGAGUGACAUACGCGCCAUUGCACUCAAAUUGGGCGUACAAAAUCCGGACGAUCUGCACACGGAGCGCUUCAAGGUCGAUCGACAGAAACUGGAACAGUUAAUAAAGGCGGAUAGCGCCAUUGAGGGCAUGAAUGGUGCGGAGUAUUUCUUUGAUGAUAUCAUGAAUACCACGGAUACCUAUGUGAGCUGGCCUUGCAGACUGAAGAUCGGCGCCAAGAGCAAAAAGGAUCCCCACGUACGCAUUGUGGGCAAGAUGGAGCAGGUGCAGCGCGCCAAGGAUCACAUUCUAAGCAGCUUGGACUCCAGAGGCACACGCGUGAUUAUGAAAAUGGAUGUGAGCUAUACGGAUCACUCGUAUAUCAUUGGACGCGGCGGCAACAACAUUAAACGCAUCAUGGACGACACAAACACGCACAUUCACUUCCCGGACUCGAAUCGCUCGAAUGCGACGGAGAAAUCGAAUCAGGUGUCGCUGUGCGGCACCCUCGAGGGCGUCGAGCAUGCCAGAGCCCUUGUGCGGCUCUCCACGCCGCUGCUCAUCUCCUUUGAGAUGCCGGUGAUGGGGCCGGGUAAGCCGCAGCCGGAUCACGAGACGCCCUACAUCAAAAUGAUUGAGAGCAAGUUUAAUGUGCAGGUCAUAUUUUCAUCGCGACCCAAGCUGCACACCUCCCUGGUGCUGGUCAAGGGCUCCGAGAAGGAAUCGGCUCAGGUGCGAGAUGCCACGCAGCUGCUGAUUAACUUUGCUUUCGAGAGCAUUGCGAGUCAAAUUCUUGUGAAUGUACAAAUGGAGAUAUCGCCGCAGCAUCACGAGGUGGUCAAGGGCAAGAACAAUGUGAAUUUAUUGAGCAUCAUGGACCGUACACAGACCAAAAUCAUUUUUCCCGAUCUGACUGAUAUCAAUGUGAAGCCGCUGAAGAAGUCGCAGGUGACAAUCAGCGGUCGCAUCGACGAUGUCUAUAAAGCGCGACAACAGCUGCUCGGCAACAUGCCCGUUGCAUUGAUAUUUGACUUUCCGGACAACCAGACCGAUGCCUCCGAUAUAAUGGGCCUCAAUGCCAAAUACGGCGUCUAUAUAACACUGCGCCAAAAGCAGCGACAAAGCACCUUGGCCAUUGUCAUCAAGGGCAUUGAGAAGUUUAUAGACAAAAUCUAUGAGGCACGCCAGGAGAUCUUGCAACUGUCGACGCCCGCACUCCGGCCGGAGAUACCCGAGCACUAUUAUAUGCCCAAGGACAAGGCUGUGAAUGCGGCGUAUCGCGCACAGCUGACGGCUCUGCUCGCCGGAUAUCCGGAUAGCCCGAAGACGCCAUCGUUGCUGCCACCGAUAAUCGCCCAGUUGGCGGCCUAUGGCAACAAGAGUCACAACGUGCUGCUGGGCAACAGUGUGGGCGUUGGCCUCGCCACGCCCACCGGCAUAUGUGCGCCCACGCAAAAGUAUAUGCAGCUGCACAAUAGCAACUAUCAGCCGCGCCAGGUGAACACGAUAAACAACAACAAUUGCAACAGCAACAACAACAACAACAACAUCAACCACAACAACAGCAGCAGUACCAACAACAACAACAACUAUCUGCAAGUGCCUGGCUCCAAUCUGCUCAAGCCGCUGGCGCCGGUGGCAGGAACAGGAAAUGGAACCGGAACAGGAUCAGUGGCAACGGCACCGGCAGCGGUACAAUUAUCGCCACGGAACAGCUGCAGUCAGAAUACGAGUGGCUAUCAGAGCUUCAGCAGCAGCACAACUUCGCUGGAGCAAUCGUAUCCACCAUUUGCCCAAGUGCAGACCGUCGUCUCCUCCACAUCCAGCUCGUCGGGCGGCGGUGCCGGCGGCUUGGGCUGUGCAAGUCGAUCGCAUUAUUCCCCGGACUCCACGUACAGCAGUGAGGCAGGCAGCAUUGCAGGCGCCGCUCGUCUCGGCCGUCGCCUCAGCGAUGGCGUCCUGCUCGGCUUGGGCAGUGCGACGACGGGCGGUGCCCAUCUGUUGCCCGGCAGUGCCGAGAGCUAUCGCAAUCUUCACUACGAACACCAACAGCAGCAGCAGCAGCACCAGCAGCAGCAUCAUCAUCAACAGCAGCAGCAACAACAGCAGCAGCAGCAGCAGCAGCGUGCAUUUGAUUUUGAUAUGAAACGUGCGCUCGGCUUCAAGGCCAUGGAACGCAAUCCGGUUGCUGGGGAGCUGCGCACUCCAACGCCCGCCUGGAUGGGUAUGGGUCUUAGCCGCACCUCGCCGGCGCCCCUCGAGACGGUAGACGAUGGUGGUGCCACCGGCGGUGGUGCUGCCAACAAUUGGCGAAUGCCGCCACCGCCACCGGGUCUGGGGUCAUCCACAUACGGACUGAGCGCCACAACGGGUCUGCUCGAUGCAACGCCCGUGAGUCGGCGCAUGCAACUCUCACAACACAAGGAUAUACACACCCUGUUGACAAGCCUCGGCAUGGAGCAUUACAUCAAAAUUUUCGUGCUAAACGAAAUCGAUUUGGAAAUGUUUUCAACACUGACCGAGGAGAAUCUCAUGGAGCUGGGCAUCACCGCGUUUGGAGCUCGCAAGAAGCUGCUGGCGGCCAUUCAUACGCUUCUGGCCAAUGAAGCUGCCUGCAGUAGUAUGCCCAGCAGCAGCUCCUCGCAGAGCUCCUCGCCGCGAUUCUCCGGCAGCGCUGCGCCCGGAGCCGAGCGUCGCCCCUCGAAUCAGUGGUAAUGCUCUGGUGAUGCUUAUCCCCUUCACACAGUUCACAAGUUGCAAAAUAUGAAAAAAACAAAAAUUAAAAAAAAUAUAUAUAUUAAAAAAAAAACAACAAAAAAAUAAUUACUCUAUAAUAGAUAAAACUAAGCCAACUCAUUUAUUUAUUCAACCUAAUAUUAAGUUCGAUUGAAACAUUGAAAAAAAACAAAAACAAAAACUGUUGGCAAAUGCGGGAUCCAAACAACAAAGGCAAAAACAUAAAAGAAAAAGUUUGCAGAUCGAAAUUUUCGACUUAUAGUUGGCUUGACUCAUAAUUUUCGCAUUUGCACUCAAUCGAAACUUAUUAUAUGAACUAUUUAUGAACACUACCAACGUAUUUAUAAUGUAUAUUGUAAAGAAAUGAAUUUAACUGAAGGAAAACAAAUUGUUAGAAAAAUACAUUUGUAACCCCAUUUGUAAAGA